GACGGGGAGGCUGCGUGGCGCGGGCCGGCAGGUCGCGGGCUCACGCGUUGUUGCGGGGCGGCUCACCGGGAUCAGCGGCAGCGGGGCUGAGCCUGAGCCAGCGGGCCAGCGGCAGUUAGCGCCUAGCCGCCAGUACGUUAGUGUGUGCGCGUGGGUGCUUCCGAGUCUCUGCGUGGUGAGUCAGUGUGUUGCGUGCUAUGAACCUGCGUUGUGGCGUUUAACUCUGCGUUGCGAACUAAGUAAGCCGGCCCGCCGCUACCCGCCUCUACCAGUAACAGGGCGUGAUGCGUGGCGAGAGCAGUGAAGCCGUGGUGGGCGGGAUAGGGGACAUGGUGCGGCACGAGGGGGUGGGCGUGAAGGGAACGGCCAGUCCACCCCUCAGCGCUGCCGUCUCCCAAGUGUCCCUGGCUCCGAGUGACCUGACCACCAGUGACCCCGACCUAGUCACUUCUUCAGCGUACUCCUCCGCGGCGUCUUCCCGGCCUCCCUCAUCCUCGCAGGUGUCCCUCCCCGCCACGGACCUGGACCUGACCCCCGAGUCCCCAUCGCCGUCAGACCCGCCCUCCAGACCCGCCUCCUCCUUCGGCCUGGUGGCACCCGAACUCACCUUGCCCGCCCCUGAAGAGUACACGGCGGAGACAGUUGAGUUCCCGACUAGCCCGCGGUCGCUCAAGGGUGGAGGCCGUCGCGCCGCGGGAGUCUGCUUCUUGGAGACCGACGAAGUGCUCACCACGAACUACCUCACGCCAAACUACAAGACGGAUGAUUUUGAGUCCUAUGAUGACACUCCUAAGCAAGGCAAUGGCUUUGAAGUUAGUAGUGACCUAGAGGAGGAUUACUUUGAGGAGUACCACCUGCCCAACUCUCAUGAGAACGCAUUCGUGAGGCACAAGAGUUUUAGGCGCAAGGUUCACCUGACGCCCAUUGAUGCCCCCGACGCAGAGAAGAUUGAAGGCCUUGUUCGCGCAGGAGAGUUCCAGAGACAUGGAAGUAUCAGGAGGAAGAUGGUGCCAGAGGAGUCGAGCAUAGUUCUCGAGAAUGGCCAGAGCCCCUCCGAGCUUAACGAGAGCGCCCAGGAAACUCGGUCCAACAUGAAUAGUGAGAUGACAGGAGCAUUUGCUAAAGACUUGAGAGAAAUCGAGAGUAUGCUUGAUGAUGAAGUUGGAGAUGUGUCUGAUAUAAUUGGUGAUCUGUCAAAUGAAAGGAGUGAAGAGAGAGGCUUAUCCGUGGCAGAUAUUCAGGGCAUUACGUCCACACCCAAGUCCAGCCGCACAAACACCGGCUCAAACGGUGAUGCUGAAGGCUACUUUAUGAGCCCUAAAGAAGAAAACAUUAGUGAUGAUAACAUGAGCAUAGAACAGACCACAAUGAUGAAGGUUCGUGAGUGUUUGGACUUUACUAAGUUGAAGGAUAUCUAUGUUCUCAGUGGAAGACUGCAAGACAUACUCACUGACUUAGAAGUUGAAGAAAUUCUAAAUAAUUCUGAAAAGUACAGUGAGUACGUGAACAAAGAAGUCAUAGAAGCACUACACAACUCCGUGCAGGAGCAGCAGAACUCGCUCAGUAUUACUGGUCAGUUUGAUAGUGGCAUUUCAUGUCCCAAAAAGGUAAUUUGUGUUGAAGGUGUGGAAGUAGAGCAGGAAGAUGAUGCUGACAUUCGGGCUGUGAUUGAUGACAGUGAUCCUAGAAGUGAAGAAGAUCAAGGUAACACCUCCAAGAGGUCCUCGUGUGCAUUUGUUGAUGAUGACUUUGAGGAUGAGGCUGCUGGCUUCAGGCUAGAGCAUCGCAGGUCCUUCAGACUUGGGAAGGAAGGGAAGAAGGAGGUGGAAGUUGAGGGGGUCUUUGUUGAGAGCAAAUCACAAGACAUUGGCCUGAAGAAGAUCAAAGCCCCAACCAUAGACUUGAUUGAAAACACUUCAGACGAACUGAAUGAUGUCCCAGACCUCUCCAACACUGAUGUCAGCCAGUCACAGGCUGGGGAGCCAUCCUCUGCCAUCCCUGAACCUUCCACUGCUGAGCAGGGUGGUGAGACUCCAGCCUCUGUUGUCCCAGAUAUUGUCAUCACUGAUGCCGCAGAGUCUGUCAUAGAUGAGGACGACGAGUCUAUGUUUUUACCAAAGUGUAGUAGGUACACAGGAAGUGAGUCUCCUGAGGUGUCAGACACCUCCAAUGACAUCAUCCCAGAGGAAGACAAAACCAGAUUUGAGGAUUAUGAAAUUUCACUUCACCGAAGAAGAAUAUCUGUGGCUGAAGACAUCCUUCGAUCCCCCGAUGAUGACAGCAUCUCUGUUGCCUCGGCCUUCAGCCAGCGGAGUGACUGUGAAGAUGAAGUUGAGGAUGACAUAGAAACCUUCAAAACCAAGAUCCCUGCAGCACACUUCAAGUUCGACAGUGAUCCGCACCUUGAGCCACUGCCCCUCCCGCCGCCACAGCUGAUCCCGGAGCUCACAGCGGCCGAGGAGAGCUUUGAGGAGAGGCACUGGAGAAGUAUCGUGAUCGGUGGCGUGUGGCACAGGAUUGACAUGAAGGUUAUUGCUCCGUAUAAGAAGUGCGUGAGUCACGGCGGUUACCUCGGCCAGAACCAGAAUGCCGUUAUAGUCAUCAGCGCCUGCCAGCUUCCUGACCGCUCUCGCAGAGACUACAAUUACGUCAUGGAUAACUUAUUCCUGUAUGUGUUGUCAACUCUGGAGCAGCUGAUUGCUGAUGACUACAUCUUGCUCUACCUUGCUGGAGGAACCCCAAAGUCCAGCAUGCCAAGCUUCCACUGGCUGAAACGAGCGUACCAGAUGAUUGACCGGAAGCUGCGCAAAAACCUCAAGUCCCUCCACGUGGUGCAUCCAACCUUCUGGGUGAGGGCCGUGGUUGCAUUCUCCAGACCCUUCAUCAGCACCAAAUUCUACCGCAAGUUGACCUUUGUGAACAACCUGACUGAGCUUGCACAGAUGAUACCUCUGGACCAGCUGGACAUUCCUGAUGCAGUGAAACAGGCGGAUUUCGAGAUGAUGAUUCGGGAGAAGAAAAAGAACCUUGGUAAGAGGCGAGGCUACUCCCUCACAUCCAGAUGAGGGCCUUCAGGGGGCUGAAGACACAAAGGCCUGCUCUCCUGUGCUCCAAAAGGAUGCCAACAGCUGAUAUUCCCAUCCAAGUGCCAUGUACUUCACCACUUGGAAAUCUGGAAUCUCAUCUAAACUGUAUAUAUGUUAGGAGUUGCUUAUUCUCUUCUCAUAUUGAAUCAGCAAAAUCAUAUUUCCCUGUAAUUAAAUCUCCUCAUUAGUGGUUUGUAACAAUUUUAUAAUUCAUCAUUUCCAUAGCAACUGUAUUUAGAAAGGUGAAGCACAUAAGAAUAUUGGCAAGAUUCACACGUGGAAAAUUGCUGCAGCAGCAAUUUCUUUUUAAACUGAGCUGCCUGACAGUGUGCUGGCAUGUGGUCUCUCCCUCCUUGGGAUGUUUGAUGGUUCACAUCCAAGCUUCUCACAAAGUAGGGAAGCAUUCUGGUCAUAGUUACAAACUAAUCUUGUCUUGUGGAAUGUUAACUUACUGCAGUGCAUUUCAGAAGUGUACAGUUACAAAGAUAAUCUUUAUUUCAUCAGUGAUGAAAGUUUUAGUGAUAGCACUUGUAAAUAAUGCAAAGUUGUGAUAGAAUGUGAUACAUGUAUGUGUAAAAGUAAUAAAAGGAGAAAGUAAUUUAGUGUGAGGAAGUUUGUAAUAAGCUAACUUGUUUUUGGCCUCGUGCACUUUUCCUCCGGCAGUAUCUCAUUGGAAACCAGGGAACAAGGAAACCAAAAUUCCAGGUAGAUGAGCUGAACUUGUCUGGUCUGGCUACUAUGUGCAAUUCUUGGGGGCAGUGUUGCUCUGCUGCAGGGGCUGCCUCUGUCUGGAGAACCUUCUGUUGUGACUCUGGGUAAGAGUUACUGUGUGCCAAUAGCGAGUCGUCUUUAUCCAAGCACCAGGUAGAUAUGGAACAAAAUAACAGUUUGGGUAUGCUUUAAAUGUAAAUAUGGAGGCUAGGGUUUACUUGAGAGGAUAUAUUUGUUUGGAGACAGUAAUCUGAGGCUGAGAGGCUAUGGAAGUGUUUUGACAUACUAGAUAUAAUUUGAGGGCAGUUUUAUAAUUUUACUGCAGCUAGUCUGACAUUCCUGUUCAAAGAUGCUACCGAAAUUUUUACAAAUUUAUAUACAGUAAAUUUAUGUGCCUUUGACAAACAAAUUCGUCUUGGUACAGGAAAAAGAUUUACAGUCCUGUGCAAAAUUUACAUUCCAUUAAUAGUUAAAACAUUCCAAUUAAAGAAAUGUGGAGUUAGAGGUGCAUGUAAAUACCAUGAUCUGCUAAUGCAUUAUUAAUAUUUAUUUUAGCAAGUAAGUGAUUUCAAAUGUGCUGAUAAAUAAAAUCUUCUGCCUAUCA